AUGUGCAAACACGUCCUCAACGCCCAGGUCGCCAUCCGCUCGCCAUGCUGCAAGAAGUGGUUCGACUGCGCCCAGUGCCACCAGGAGACGGCCGACCACCCACUCCUCCAAGCCUUUGACAUGGUCUUUGUGUGCAAAAAGUGCAAAAAGGCCUUUCGCAAAGACGCCCGCGAGUUCGAGGACAGCGACGAGUACUGCCCGCACUGCGACAACCACUUUGUCCUCGACGCCCUCACGCCCAAGGCCUCGCUGAACGUCGAGGGCGAGGAUGCCCGAGUCGACAACAGGAUGAUCAAGGACGACCGCCAGAGGCAGAAGGACAUGCGCUCCAUCUUCGACGUCGAGGAGGCGCCUCACAAGCUGGGAUGA